AUAUCAUUCGGUAGCAUUAUGGCAACGAUGGAUCCGGUUUGGUCUACUCAAACAACGGGAUCGGGAAGUCCAUCCGUCGGACUGGGUGGUGGACCUUCGUUGCUACCCGGGCCGGGACCCGUAACGACAGCCGGCUCCCCUGCCGGUGCUCCUGGUUCGCUGGGGUUCGUUGGAGGAGAAAUGCUUAAUGCCGCAGCGGCCGCCAGUUCGGCUGCGCACAACCAGAAGACGCCGAUCAGCGUCCUACAAGAGGUGUGCAGUCGCAAGAGCCUCACUCCCGAGUACAAACUCAUCUCAGUAGAGGGCGCAGUUCACGCACCUACCUUCUUCUAUAGGGUAGAAGUAGGCGAAGUAUUUGCAACCGCAUCAGGACAAAGUAAAAAAAAGGCUAAACAUUGCGCUGCAAAGGUUCUUAUCGAAAAGAUUGUCGAGGACGAUUGUGGACCGCUCGUCUUCCUCAAGCCACUUCUACUCGAGGGUAUUGUAGGAAUGAGCGAUGGCCUCGGCAGCGAGAAAGAGGGUUCAUCCGCAGCCGCAGCUUUGAACACAUCCGGCGCAUCCGAUACUGUUAACGGAGGUGGAUCAGAUGCAGGGGAAGAUGACGGGAUUCCCGGGAAUCCUGUUGGCCAGCUUCAGGAAUUGUGUAUGAAGAAACGCUGGCGUCCGCCUUUCUACGAGACACAGAUGGAAGAAGGGCUUCCGCACGAACGCAUGUUUGGUAUCAUGUGCGUCGUUAAUACCUUCACUGAAAUUGGUUUCGGCAAGAGCAAGCGGUUAGCCAAACGCCAAGCCGCCUACAAAAUGAUUCAACUCAUUGAAAAACUACAAACGACUGGAACAACCAAUGGAGAGAGCGGUGGGCUUGAAGUAAAGUUCUCCGAACUCGCAGACGAGAUGCGCGAUCUGCAAAUAGUGAAGACGGAGCCUAUUCCAACAAUUACCGCCAAACAUUCUCAACAGGUGUCCAAUAUCCUCAAGCAGCUUAAGUCUUCGAAUGGUCCCCAACUGAAUGAUCUACAGUACAAAAAUUUGAGCACAUCUGGACUAAAUUACACGGGUCUGCUGCGGGAAAUUGCAGACGAGCAGAAGUUCGAGGUGACCUACAUCCCCGCGGAGACCGUCGAGGGUCGGGCGACUUGCCUUUGUCAUCUGACGACGUUACCACUGGCCGUUUGCUUCGGUAUAGGCGAAACAGAAGAGCUCGCCAAAAUGAACGCAUCCCACAAUGCCCUCCAGUACCUAAAAAUCAUGACGCGUAAAAAGUAGGCAAACGCCACGCUGCAAGUACUCAGUUUGCCAUUCGUUGGCCCGCCAAACGUCUUGCAAUGACUCUUCGAUGUAGUAGUAUUACCAGCUUCAAAAUCUGCUGGGCUUACAUAGUUGACGGAUCAUCAUGGAGCGUGGCUAUCGAAGCAUCUAAUCAGGCCAAUGACGGCAAAAGCUCUUCGUUACAAGAAUAAAGUAAGCAUUGUAUUGGGAUGCAGCGUUUAGAGAUCCAUGGGCCGACGAGAAAUGAUAGGCACCGCGCUAUAGUCAGAGGCAAAGCCAUGCCACGACAGUGGCAAUAAUUAGAGCAUUGUUAACUUAAUAACCGAUGAUAUAGAUAAACAACUCGAGGAGAAACACUUUAAUUGUGCACGAUACACGUGAUCUAAAGAUUCUCAAGAAACAAAAAGCGCACGAAACGAUUAUGACGAUUAAACGAUAGUGUAUGUCAAUUUAAAGCGAACAUUCACUAAACGUGACGUACAUACGUUCAUCAAACAAAGGUGACAAACGUGCACGCUAAUCAAGUAUUUUGAUUCCAACAAUGUAUUGCUUUUCAACAAUACGUUGCUUUACAUUCAUAUAUGUAUUAUUGUGAAUAAUGCUGCAGAUAAAGGAAAAUAAUUAUACGAGACUUAACGUCUUCUUGAUCUUCAGCACCAGAACAUAUGUUGUGUUUAAAUGUGACUACUAUUUAUUUGAUUAUAUUUUUUGCAAUUCUGACGAAAACUAAACAAUGUGUUUAAUUUAACAGGGACGGUCGACCGUCUAGAGCGAUGUAAUCGAAUCAGAGCACUGACGUAGUUAGUCUGUUUGAUUACUAUUGCAGCAGUAAUAAUUGAGAACAAAUGGUUAUUGAAUCAUGUAACAUUUAGACCCGUUCAUCGAUUGUACUGCCACAAUGAAGAUAAUACUUGCUUAAUUGUAUAUUGAUCGAUAGGCGCUAGUUGUGAUGAGUGGACAGCAGAUCAUUAUAUUACAUUGCGCAAACGCUUUCUUGCAGGAACUUUACAUCUCUUGACAUUCACAAAGCAUAAAGACGCUAGUUUAGACAUAUGAACAUACCACGAAGUGGUACAAUGUAUACAAGCGGAUUGUUCAGGUGUAAGUUGUCGAUAAACUACGCUGGGGGCUAUACUUAAAUGGUUUAAUGAUGACAAUUGUUUGAUGAGAAAUGUUGCACGGAGCAGUCGAAAGCUUUGCUUAAGUAAACAACAAAAAAAAACCGUGACGUAAUGACGACUGAUUACAAUAAUGACAAGCGAGAAAACGACGGGAGCAAGCUUAGUAAUGGGCGAGUUUAGUUCAUGUUCUUGGGCGCUCCAUUGCUAAAUAGAGCCUGAUAAAAAUAAAAUAACAGAAACGAUACAAGUUCAUUAAGUUUAAUCCCACUAUACACUUGAUAGGAAAACGAACAUUUAGAAACGAUGAUGAUGUCGCUUUAGGUCACACGCCAUUGGCAAAAAAUCGCCUUGGGCUUUAAUUGUAGCAGAUAUUUGGGUGGUUUCAGGAUCUUUUAAGUGAAAUGGGAUACGUUCGGCUCUGAUGAAAAAAAAAGACAUAAAACAAUUAGGAAAGACAAACGAACAAAAAGCACUAAGUUAACAAAGGCAAAUUAGUACGAAUUACAGAUUGCCGAUAGAAUUUCAUAGAACUAUGCGCAUGUGUAUCGGGGGUGCUACUGGUACAGGCCGUCCAUUCGGUAUUAUUAGGCGAUAUCAGGCCGCCAGUUAUAACGACCGGAAGAUCUGCGUCGCACUCAAAAAAAAAACAAAAUUCACAAAAAAAAAGCCGACAUUUUACACCAUCUAUUGCUACGACACAUGACGCUGACAAAGCCAUUUGCGGUCUCAGCUGCCUUAUUCAUUCUCGCCCAUCGUUUAUCGUUUAUAUAACUCGUAAUAGUAACGAUGGUAAUAGAAAUAAUAACAACAACAAUAAAGUUCUGCUAUGGAUGCAUACAUAAGAUUUAACAGUCCGCCUAUCCAUUUCUCUCUGUCACCACUACUAUUUCGACCUAAACUUAUGGUAAUGUAAUGUCACUCAUAUGCUGAGGGUCACAGCCCGCAAGUGGGAGAAAUAUUUCUGCCAACUGGCAUAUUUAGAUAAGAACAUCAUGCAAAGAAGUGACAAUACACACGAACACGGUAUUACCAGGGCGGCGUAUAUGUGAAAUGUAGUUUAUUCUUUGACAAUCUUUGAUUCGUAGAAACUAGCCUGUAAGUGUAGCCAAUAUAAGAAAAAAUGAAACGAUAGAAAGCCAGCCAAAGCCGCUACUGCAUCAUAGAUUACGAUGUAAAAGAUAAGAGAACACGGGAAGGCCCCGGGCGAUACAGACAGUAAUUUGGAGAGGCCAAAUAGAACGAGAAAAUUGUGACUCGAUGCGACAAAAACCCCUUUGCACAUGCAAGCACACAAAGAAAGAUUAACGUUGAAAUACUUCACUUAAUAUGCUAGAGAUUGAGGAGGAAAGACGACAAUAAGUUUAACACGGAACCACGUUACAGCGUAUAGAAGGCAAGCACAAGAGGGAAGUAACUACAAUUCAUGAUUGGAAGACCUCACCAAUUGACAAAACCGUAUACGCUAUCUAUUAAAACUAAAUUGGGCACUAAUGGUAAGCCUUUGCCAUUGUGAUGAUGAGAAAUAUUGAGAAUUAUAAUAGUGCUAGUGGAUGAAGCGGAAAAUGGAGACGAUCCCGUGAAGUAUGAAAACGAAAAAAAAAAAAA